CCAAAUUUUAGGUUGCCUGCGCCUAUUCAGCCUUGUUUCCUUCUCCAGUACUACUUAAUAAUUGUUGUUGUUAUUGCUAUCUCUCAUUAUAGACGCGUCUACGAAUUGACAAAUAUCGACUGUUGAACCACGAAGUCAAUUGCUAUUCAUUGCCAAACCAAAUUCGAACCGCUAUAUAAUUCAUUGAAUCACAACGGUAAUUCUCACCUAAGCUAGUGUCUCUGAAAAAAAUGAGGCUCACGGCCGAGCUUCUCCAGAACUCACCGUCAUGGCUCAAUGCGCUGAAGGAGCGCGAGCUGGACCUUCGAGGACAUCGCAUUCCCGCCAUCGAGAACUUGGGUGUCGCAGGUCCCCAGGAUGCCAUAGAUCUAGUCGAUAAUGACAUUCAGGUGCUGGGCAACUUCCCGCUUUCGCCACGGAUACACACACUGCUUCUGGCACGUAAUCGCAUUUCCUCGAUACAGCCAACGCUAGCAAACUCGAUUCCGAACCUCACCAACCUCCAAUUGGAGUCGAACAAUCUGAGCGAGCUCGCAGAUUUAGACCCGCUAGGGUCGUUCCCACGGCUGACGCACCUCGUUCUACAAGACAACCCCGUUACAAAGAAAGAGCACUACCGGUAUUGGACUCUCUGGCGUUGUCCCUCAGUCCGAUUCCUUGAUUAUGCCAAGGUGAAGGAUGCAGAACGCAAGCACGCCAGCGAGUUAUUUGGCACGGUCGAGGCACCUACGGAGCUUGCGACGAAGAUAAUGGAUGUCAAGUCCAAAUCGUUCGGUGCCACAUCGUCCCUCGAAGACGCAGGCAGCACUGCCGGCCUAUCGAUGCGCAUGUCUAGGAUCAAGCUCACCGAUAAGGAGAAGAAGCGGUUGCAGGAUAUGAUUAAGCGGGCGACCAGCCUGGACGAGAUCACCAGACUUGAGACGAUGCUGAGGGAGGGCAGGUUGCCUGCUGGUGUUCAUCUGAAUGAUGAGAUGGAGGAGUAAAGAACUGGAUAUAAAAGUAUCAUGUGACGGUGAUGGUUUUUAGCAUCCGGAGCUCUGAUUAAGUCGAGGACUACGCUAUGAGAAUGGUAUAUACCCACGAAAAAAAGGCGAAUAGCAAUGCUGGGCUUCUCACAUAUGAUGAGAAGUUAUUAAC